GGCAAGUAUCAGUUAAGUUACCCAGUGUUUAAUUUUAAAAAUAUAAUGAUUAACUUGUUAUAUCUACUGUUAAUUUUGGUUUAUAAGUGCUCAGGAUUUGAUGUAGACGAUGUCCAAUAUGACAAAAUGCCUCCGCUGUUCUCACUGGAUGACUACAACAGAUGUCACCUGUACAACGGCACGUACUGUAUGGUCAAAGUUGACCUCUUUGCCGACCCUUCCAAUGAUCUGAUGAGCUUAUUAAAAAAUUACACCCUGUCUAGUCACAUAAUGCAUUACAACCACACGUAUCUGGACAAAGGAAUAUGCGUUCACAAGACGUGCAGAAACUUUAUAGGCAGCAGAGAUUUAGACACACAAGCGGAUUUACAUCAAGUAUUACAGACAUGUCAGAAUUACACCAUUUUCGAUGAGUAUGGCCUGGAAGCCAGGGUCGCUGAGGUGUACUACUGCGAUAAGCCUAACGACAGAGAGAAAGAAAAAAUAACUGCUGGGGACUGGUAUGUCCUGACGGUGUGCUUGCUGAUCGUCUUGGUCAAUGUCUCCGCGACCAUUUACGAUUUCCAACUGGACACCAAUACAAAAGCUAGAAAUACCCUCAAUAAAGGCGAAGAACUGCUGCUGUGCUUCUCCAUGAGAAGAAAUUGGAAUUAUUUGAUAAAAGAGAACAAGAAAUUCCCAAACGCACCAAACUUUGAUGGCAUCAGUUUUUUUCGUGUCAGUGCCUCGUUCAUGAUGGUCUUGGGGCAUGUGAACUGGAUCUACACAAUGGGCUUCAUCGAUAACACUCACGAUUUUGAAAGGUCGUACACACAGCCGCAAUGGCAAGUGAUCUUCAACGGGAUGAUCGUCGUGCAGAUAUUCUUCGUGAUUUCCGGGUUCCUCAUGAUGACCAGCCUGAACUUGGACUCCGAGGUGCCGGGCUGGCUUGUCAUGGCCAGGACUUUCAAGAACAGAUUUAUCAGGCUGGCUCCAUCACUCGCUGUGAUGUUAGCCUUCACGGCGACCUGGAUGAGGUUCCUGGGGUCUGGUCCACUGUGGAACAAACACGCGACGCCGGUGGUCAACGACUGCGGCACCUGGUGGUGGACCCAUUUGCUCUUUAUCAACAACUACGUGCAGGAGAACAAAUACUGCGCUAUUCAGACCUGGCAUAUAGCAGCAGACACCCAGCUGUUCAUGACCUGCCUUGCCGUAUUCCUACUGACGAAGCACUAUAACCGGUUAAAUGUCAUGUACGCAAUGCUGCUGAUCUCCUUCGUUCCGCCGGCUCUCCAUGUCUACUUCCAGGACAUGGACGCCAUGCUUUUGAAGAAUCCUGAGUUUUUGCGCACUCUUGAAGAUAAGAACUUCGGCGGUUCAUACGUGUUGGGACACAACAGUUUAUCCUGCUUCGUGCUCGGCACUAUUGUCGCGUACAAACUGCGCGAGUGGCUCAAAAAUGGAGUUGUCUUUGAAGGCACACUGUACCGCUGCCUGUUCCGGCUGAGCGUCCCAGUCAUAAUGCUCUGCUUCAACGCCGGCAGCUUUUUCUACGAGGAGGACCACCGCACGCCGCUCUGGAUCAGGAUGCUCUUCAACAGCACUCAUAAGUUCAUUUUUGGACUGCUCACUGCUUUCAUGAUCGUCGGAUUUGCUAUGAAAUUUGAUCGUGUAUCGCAGAGGUUCAUGCAGUGGCACGGGUUCGUGAUCCUGGGCAAGCUGACCUACUCCGUGUACAUCGUGCACAUGAACUUUGUGCCCAUUAUCGCUGGCACCAGGGUCGGUCUGGCGCACUUCUCCUAUUUGAACAUGAUGCUGUACCAAUUCGGAGUAGUCGCGAUAUCAUAUAUGAUAUCGUUGCCACUAUUCCUAAUGGUCGAAGCGCCGGCUACACCCUUCAUUAACCUUUUGUUCAGCCCUGCCAAAGCCCCAGUGGUCAAAAAUAAGACAAACUUGGAACAAGACAAAGACGAAGGAAAACAAAAAUUGCCCGAAGAAAGUAUACGGGAAAGUAAUGGUAUUAAAAAAAGUGAAUAGGUUAUAAGAUUAAGUUUUGACGUGACAACGUCUUAAAUUAGGUUGUGGCUGGGAGUCACUUAUGAAAAAGUUUAACGCCCGGUAACGUUACGAUGAGUCACCGAACGAGAGAGAGCCCCGCCGAAUGCAUUGCGUC